AUGCACUUACGCCAUCGUAGAAAUCCCAAACAUAUAAGAGAAAAUGAAAUCAGUGGAAAAAAUUUUGAUCAAACAGAGUAUUUGGGUUUUCGCCACUGGUUUCUGAUUUUCACAAUUAUUGGUAUUAUUUAUGGAUUUGUAGUUUAUCAGUAUAGUAAAAUGCCGGAAGUUAAGCCAACAGGGCAAUUUGACGAAUUCUCAGAGGAACGAGCUCGUGUUCUGUUGCAAUCUCUCACAAAUCUUGGUCCACGUCCAAGUGGUUCGGAAAACUGCGAAGUACAUGCAUUUAAUCUAAUUACUGAUAAACUGAAAUUAGCAAAAGCAGAAGUAGAUGCGCGUGGACGAAAUCGUUUGGAAAUCGAUAUUCAACGUCCUUCUGGAUGCUUUGAUCUCAAAUUUUUAUCUUCCUUCACUUUAUGUUAUCAUAAAAUAACAAAUAUUAUCGCACGCAUUGGUCCUAAGACGCCAUCAAAACACUCCAUUUUACUGAAUUGUCAUUUUGAUACAAUGCCAGAUUCACCUGGUGCUACUGAUGAUGCUGUAAGCUGUGCAGUUAUGAUGGAAGUUAUGGAGAUUUUAUCUCAUUCGGAGGACUCUCUUCAAAAUGACAUAACUUUCCUUUUCAAUGGAGCGGAAGAAAAUUUUUUGCAAGCAUCGCACGGCUUUAUCACGCAGCAUCCAUGGCGACAUUCUGUUCGAGCAUUUUUAAAUCUGGAAGGUUCUGGUGCUGGUGGCCGUGAGAUAUUAUUUCAGACUGGGCCUGGAAAUUCGUGGUUAUUGCAUACUUAUUUAAAAAAUGCACCUCAUCCUCAUUGUAACGUAUUAGCACAAGAAAUAUUUCAAUUCGGUGUAAUACCAUCUGAUACGGAUUUUCGGGUUUUUCGAGAUUAUGGUCGUAUUUCUGGUCUUGAUAUAGCAUAUUUUCGAAAUGGUUGGGUAUAUCAUACUGAAUUUGACCUCCCUGAAUACAUCACUGCGGGCUGUAUUCAAAGAGCUGGUGAAAAUAUUCUUGCUGUUACUAAGGCUCUAAUUGAGUCACCUUAUUUGGAUCAUCCUGGUGAUUUUGAACAAGGUAAUCAGUGGGUAUUUUAUGAUGUUAUUGGUAUUUUUACGGUUUUUUAUCCCAUAGCCAUUGGACAAAUAAUCAAUUACAUAACGAUAUCAGUAAUUUUUCUUUUUAUCUUCUCUCACAUCCGAAAAGGAUUUUAUAGCUUUGUGGAUUUAUUACGAUCCAUUGUUGAGCACAUCAGCACGCUUAUUGUGAUCGUUCUAGUGCAACUGGGAAUGAUAAUGUCUUGGUAUUCUUUUCCAGAAUUAGUAUUUCCUCUUUACAUAUUUCCGAUGAUUAUUACUGGUUUUUCAUUUCAUAGCAUCAUAUUGUACGUACAUAGGAAAUCGAAUAAGGAAAUGGUGUAUUUUGAUUGUGUUUUACUGGUAUCUUCAAUAUUGUUAGCAGUUGCAACAUUUGCUGGCUUUGCGAGCGCUUUCUUUUUGCUUUUUCAUACGUUCUUUCCGCUACUUCGUGAUCCACUGCUUUGGCUUAUGGGGAAAAUUCGAUUAUUUAAAAAAAUCACUCCUCAGUGGUUAUUAUUUGCCCAGUUAUUAUGUACCACUCCUGUAAUGGUAUUUGAUGCCUACGCAGCAAUGUUACUUUUUGACUUUUUCGUUCCAGUCACGGGACGUAUGGGUACAGCUGUUAAUCCUGAAUUUGUCAUCAUGGCAUUCAGUUUCUUGGUGAGUAACCUACUGUAUGUUAGUCGUCGCAUAGACUAUCUUGUCAAAUGUGGUUCAUUGCUUUAUCUUUUAUUUUUUACUGCUUUACUUACCACUAGACUUGGCUGGCCCUACAAAUUUUCAAAAGAAAGCCCGCGCUUGAGGCGUCUUAUUACUUUGAGUAAUACAUCAUUUGGAGAGCAUGCAUUAUUUGUACAAUCUUUGGAUUACCGAGGAGUAACAGAUUUACCAGAACACACUUUUUUGACUGGAAUUAAUAAGCCAAACUGCAGUGGCAUCAAAGAUGAAUACUGUCGACUACCAUAUUAUGCAGCGAUUCAUCAAAUAUUUCCUCCAGAAGAAUCGAGUUGGAUACCGUUACCAGGCCAUCCACGAAUAGUUCAUCCUAUUACAGUGAGAAAUACUGAAAAACGUUUAGUUUCAAAAUGCCUGCUGCGAAUGAAUAUCUCAAUUUCGGGUGGUGUUGAUAAAAUGUCACUACAUUUGACUCCUUUAAAUGACUUCGAAAUAGAUAGUUGGUCAUUUACAACCUUUCGUUCUGAUGAAUUUGGUAAACGUGAUACAUACUUCGUCUUUCUUACGUAUGGCGCUGAAGCUCCAUCAGAAUGGAAUUCGUGGAUUGUUCUUAAAAGAGUUCGUUAUAUUCUUCAUGUGUCUUUAGAAAUAUCCGUUGCAACGCACUACGCUCACGGUCAGCUGCCCUAUUCUGACACUCUUUCACAGAUUCGAUCAUUGGUUGCAUCACGUAGAAAAACUCCACAUUUAGCGGUCACUUGGUGGAAGUGGGCCAUCACAAGUAUUUUUGGGGUCACUGAAAUCGUAGUUCAUACUUUUUGA